CAAGGAACGAACAUCAACCUUGCUUGGAACGUUCGUUUUGUUUGUUGUCAAAAAACCGGCUUGACGACGAUAGGACGAGCGAGCACACUUUGUUAGUUGCUCGGGGUGCACUUACCAUCGGUUGCCCGAACGAUCGGAUACGGUUCGGCAUCCGGUUCCUGAAACGUUCACCAGAUCAUGUGUUUUAUCGUUUACAAAAGCAACGGCAUCCGAAUACAUUCGGCCAGUUCUGCAUGCAGCAUUGGCUAGGUCAGAUCCUUUGCCACGGCAAGCAACCGUUGUGUUUUGUUUGUUUGUUGCGACUGGAUGGGUGUUGCGUGUACGGCGGUAAGGACACGGAAAGUACAAUUUCGUGACAAUCGGCAAUAAAAACAUUUCAAACAAAGGAAACCAAAACAGUGUAAAGAGCGAAGGUAACAAAAAUAUAAACGCAAAAAAGCGGUGAAAAGCAAGGAAGCAAAACGAGAAAAAAAACUCAUACACAACGAUUGCGAUAAAAAAGUGACCGUCGACGCGAACGAGCCGAGAACCGGUGCGGCAUCAAACCCGCGGAUAUCGCACACCAUCUGUGCGUCUUACCCGGCGGCAACGGUGGCACCGGUGACUACGGAAGGAAGGUCUGGAAUGCUAUUUCUUCGCUAUCAGUUUGGCAGCCAAAGCAUCAGCUAAAAGGAGAAAGUGAGCGGCCCACCGAAAGGUGAAAUCCUACUGCUGGCCAGUGACGGAGACCAAACGGGAAGGGAAUAUUUACUAUGCAAGGAUAAAGUGAAGUGAGAAAAUUCCGAGUGUUUUAUUUGGUGCCUAGAGCUUCUACCAUGCGCCCCCAUUCGACGGUUGUUGGUUGUUGGGCCCUUCGUACAUUAAGCAUCGAACCAUUGGGCAGAGUCUAACGACCGUACAACUGUACCGUAUGUGCGCACAAGGGGUUCCAACAUGAUUUCGGUCGCGUGAGUCGGUCGUAAGGCGUUAGUGUGCUCAUUGUUGUGUCGGGCAUUGCAGUUCCGGGAUUGCUAGCUGUGUGGAACCGACAGCUACGACGACGACGACGACGUCGACUGUAAACAUCAGCUCCAUGAACCGUAUUGCUUUUCCUAGGAAAACGUAUAUUCACACGGAGACGGGUUCGGUUGGAUCAGUGGCUAUCUAAAUGUGUAUACUUUCUAAAGCAAACUAGUCUUCUCCUCUUGCUGGAUGCACCCCAACUUCCAAGAUAGUGGAAGUGUGAGUAUAACACAUCCACACAUACACACACACGCACCCACAUACGCAAACGCACACGGACAUUCGAUCGAGUCGGAAGCAUACGUUGUCAGCUGAAUUCGGUUAGUUCACCUGCUGACCGCCGGUUGGUGCACUAGUUUUACCCCACAAACCUCAUUCGACCCAUCGGUGUGUUGGUUGGCCCAAACAGCCCCGACUUGUACAGUCGGAUUCUUCCAUUCAAACCGAGCGUUUGUCUUGGAUCGCAUGAAAACCGGCACUGGCCACUGGAUAAUCACAGCUACAUCUGAUGGUGCACAACUGCACUGAGCUGCAUCGAAUUGCACACACCGCGACGUUCGAGGGCGGACGCAACAUGACGACGUCCAGCAUGGGGAGACCACCUCUGCUCCGAGUGAGAAUGGAAUUUCUCCAGUGGUCCACGAUAGCGCUGGUCAUUGUGGCGUGUGUACUGAAUGCAGCCCACAUCUCGGCCACUGCUCAGGGAGAACAAGAUGAAACGAUGGAGGAAACUAAUUCGUAUAUACUGGAUAAAGAUUUACCCAAGUUUGGAGAACCGAUACAAAAUCUCACCGUUCCGGUUGGGCGUGAAGCGGUACUGACCUGUGUUAUCAACAAUCUUCAGACAUACAAGGUGGCGUGGCUCCGUGUCGAUACGCAAACAAUACUGACGAUUCAAACGCAUGUCAUUACGAAAAAUCACCGCAUGACCAUCGCACAUGUUGAGGGACGUGCCUGGGUGUUGCGCAUCCGCGAUGUAAAAGAAUCGGACAAGGGAUGGUACAUGUGCCAGGUCAACACCGAUCCGAUGCGUAAUCAGAUCGGCUACCUGAACGUUGUAGUGCCGCCCAACAUCCUGGACUACCCAACCAGCACCGAUAUGGUGGUGCGCGAGGGAAGCAACGUUACACUGAAAUGUGCCGCUUCCGGUUCACCGACUCCUUCCAUCAUAUGGCGACGGGAAGGCAAUGAGCCUGUCAGCGCGGGCGCGACCAGCCUGAACAGCUCCACCUUUUCCAUUUCGCGAGUUAAUCGACUGCAUAUGGGGGCAUAUUUGUGCAUCGCAUCGAAUGGUAUCCCACCGUCGGUCAGCAAACGCGUCAUGUUGAUUGUCCAUUUUCCACCGAUGAUAUGGAUUCAGGAUCAGCUCGUUGGCGCCGCCCUGGGACAGCGUUUGACUCUCGAAUGUCAAUCGGAGGCUUACCCACGCUCCAUCAAUUACUGGAUGAAGAAUGACACCAUCAUAACGCAAGGCAAACAUUUUGAUCCUUCGAUUAAGGAAAUCAACAGCUAUAAGGUGGUGAUGAAGCUCACAAUAAAAGACAUCAACAUUGCCGACUUUGGAACGUACAAAUGUGUGGUAAAAAAUUCACUCGGUGAAACAGAUGGCUCGAUUAAAGUUUAUCACAUUCCAUCUACUACUGCUUUGGCCACCAGUCCACCCAUGACGACAACAGUAGCAACCACCACCGAAACAGUGCUUCGGAAAAAUUAUAAAAACAAAAUCUACCGCCCACCGUUGGAUGAAUUUUCAUCUUCAUCCAAUAAAAUCAUGGGCACAGGAGAUAGUUCCGAAACGUGGAACAUUGAUGGAUCGAUUGAGAAAGAUCGUGAUCAUCGGUACCGGGAUAAUGGGGCCAGCUACAAGGAAGAUCAACGGGAAAAGGAAGCAUUCGUUGAUACCGAAGGUAAUUCGCAAGCCACUCUACACUGGACACCAGCUGCAAAUGGUCUACUGAUCUGUGUCUGUUACACACUGCUCAUUGCUACGAUCAGUGUCAGGUGAUUUCCGCGUUAAAUCCAGCUUCCGCUACGAGCCGAAAUGCAUACGGACAACUUAACAAUUACGCAAACAACAUUACUGAACUAUAGAUAAAUUAUGAGACUUAAGUGACAUAGGAAUCAGGCCAAAAAACACAAACAAAGCAACAAAAAAAAAACAAAAAUCCAGUUAGCAAAACGAUUGAUUGUGUGCCGCUGAAUGUUGGUAAGGAGCACUGUAAAUGUAAAAUUCGCUGCGUAAAGCGUAAACCAAAUAAACGGACGAUUCAAAAUCGAGCAUCCCGCUUUGGAGAAACAAUGUUAAAAGCUGACAAUGUAAUAAAGGUUUUUUUUUAUAAUAAAACAGUUAAAACGAA